AUGUCGUCGGCUCACGACCAUCACGAUGGCGAAAGCAAGAUUCCCACGGGAGACACCGUGUCCAAGGAUCCCAUUGACACAACGCUAUGGAUCCACAUCUUCGUACAGAUGUUUGCCUACGGCGUCAUCUUCCCGAUAGGCAUGGUGCUGGGGAUCACCAAGUCCAGGUGGCACGUCCCGACACAGGCCCUCGGGUCCCUCCUCGCCAUCCUCGGCUUCUUCCUCGGCCACGCGCACGGCGGCCGCGAGUUCGUCGGCAACAACAUCCACUCCAUCUUCGCCAAUAUCCUGCAGCUCCUGCUCGUCGGCCAGGUGGUGCUCGGCCUCUACCUCAAGGGCCACUGGGAAAAGGGCCUCAAUGGCAGGAUUAGGAAGCUCAUCCGGCCGUUCCACUCCGUCAUCGGCAAGGCAAUGCCCAUUCUGUCCUGGACGCAGAUGAUUUUCGGCGGCAUCACCACGCUUGGCUUCUGCCAGGGUGACCAUCUCGGCCAGUGUCUCGCCCAUUUCAUCAUGGGCAGCGCCUUCAUCGCGUACGGUGUCCUCCUGACCAUCAUCCUGCUCGUCGGCCAGGUGUGGAUGCGCCGCUGCGGGCGGUCGCAAGAGUUCUUUGACAGCGCCGUCAUCGCGGCGUGGGGCUGCGUCAACACCUUCACCGAGCACCGCUGGGGCACGGCGUGGGUCAAGAACGACUGGCAGCACACUACCAUGGGCAUCAUCUGGUGGUGCGCGGGCCUCGCGGGCAUGUGGCUCAGCAGGGACCGCGACGGCCAGCCUAAGCGCAACUUCAUCCCGGGCUUCGUCAUCUUCAUCACCGGCUGGGCCAUGUCGGCGCACCCCCAGGAGCUCAUGGUCAGCGCCAUGACGCACAGCACCUUUGGCAAGACGCUCAUGGCUGCCGGCCUCACGCGCAUCAUCGAGAUUGCCUUUGUGCUCAGGGACGAGCAGUCUCUUACCAAGGACGGCCGGACGUGGAACAGCUUCCAGUACAUUCCUGUGUUUCUGCUCUACGCCGCCGGCUUCCUCUUCUUGGGUGCCACCGAGGAGCAGAUGAUCCUUGUCCACAACUCGGACAUGGAUGGCGUCUCAUACAUCCUCAUCCUCUUCUCGCUCGCCUCGCUCGUCUUUCUCUUCUCCAACAUGCUCAUUCACCUGUACGACCGCCUGUCCCCGACAGAGGCCAAGGACCUGGGCGAGUAUCGAGCGGCGCACGACGGCCGGCUGCGGGAUGCUGAGGAGUUUGAGCUGGACGGCCUCGUGAGCGACGACGAGGACCACCGCAUGUUGCCAGACCGCACGAGCCUGGACACGCCCAGCACGCUGGGAAAGAACAACGAGCAGUCUGUGCACUGA